AUGACGAUCGAUCUACCCAUCACGCCCGACUCAGUUCCCGACGGGCCAUCGCUGAUAUCCCACUUAAACGACCCCGAGAUAUCCGAGCAGAGAAAGCAAGACGUGCUGCAACAACUGGCAAGCUGGCUGAAGACUGAGGAGGAGGGGGGCAUCCUACCAGAAGACCGGCUGACAUUCCUCGAUGAACUAUCCUUGGACCUUCCCUCGAUCAUACUCCAUCGUGUUGGGUCGAAGAAAACAGCACAAAGUCUGCCCCCCAGCGCGACUCGACUGGCCUCACCAGACGCAACGAUCCUAAACAGCUUGGUUCGACAUGGCAGCCCGAAAGAAGUCUUCAUGGCCUUAACCACAACCAUCCUCCAAUUCUUGACAGAAUCCCCCCUCGAUCUUGCUCCGCCAUCUCCGUCCGAGGAUCAUCAUGUUCAUGACAGCCUCCCGAACCCACCAAGGAACUUGGAUGAUGGCACCUUCCUCAGAUUCAUCCUCUCCCCACUCUCCACAGUGAUUCUGAAGAUCCUGACGAAAUCGCGCAACCCGCGCGCAUUUUAUGAUCCGUUUUGUCAGUGUCUUCUUGGCCUUCUCGAUCGCUGUGGGGGGAGAGGAGAAUCACAGCAACAACAAGAAGAUGACGAUGACGAAGGCGUCGGGCGAAGCGUGAAGACAUACCAAGAGAUUGUGGAUGUGUGCCAGAAGGCGGUGGCUCUGCAUGCCGAUCUGGAGUCCAAAGCGAUCCUCCUUCUGGCCUCCUCAGCCGCCCUCAUUUUCGCAUCCCCCUCCAACGAAUUCCCGCUCGGAAAGGCCUUCCUCUGUCACCGUGAUCCUAAGUGGCGCGCCAGCUUCUCUCGCCUGCUACGAGCCGAAUCCGCCCCCAAGGACAGCCGCGUCGGACACCUCUUCUCCGCCGAAACCGAUCCGGUCCAAGUGAUCCAAGCGAUUAUCGCACCGAUCUUGGGUGCUCUCGCCCCUCGUCAGAUUAAAGAGAAGAUCAUCCAGAUUAGUGGUCCUCUGGUCGCUGGUUCGGAGGAUAAUCACCUGCUGGCUUCUUUGGAUGAACUAGGUUAUGGUACAUUAAGUGGACAUCAGCUCGUCCGACUAACACGACAAGGCGCAUUGGUGAUCCAAGCAUUCGAUAGAUUCAGCAAGAUUGGAGCUGACAAGGAACCGACACAAACAAACAAGGAAGAAGUAGAAGGUCUGAUAGCGCCCUCGUUCGUAGAGGCCGGUCUGUUCCUGCUCUUGUCUGAGCGGUCAGAAGGGCUGCGACUGAGCGAAGAGCUGGGGAGCAAGCUGAUAGGCCUUGCCUCGAGCGACGCGACGGGCUCGAACCGGCUGCUGAUCUUCAGAUCUCUGGCGUACAUGGUCCACGACCUCGACCCGCCGCCCACCCGGCUCGAGUUCCUUGCCGCCCUCAUCGGCCGACACCCCAGCCAGCCUAACAUCAAAAGCGCGCUCGUCAGUCUGCUCAGAGAGACCCUCGCCCAUCUCGCCCGAGCCGGCCUUUUGGACCCCGGAGAACGCGAUCGCAAGCGCGAGCCUAUCGCCUCCAUCCUCCCUCCGCUCAUCCUCAGCCUUAUCCACUCCACGCCCUUCGAUCUCAACCACGUCGAUCAGGCGCUGCUCUCCGGUAACGAGGACGAUUGGAGCACCGUCGACGAACUGUUGAAGUACGUCGUCGAGCGCCUCAAUCUGGUCUAUCUCCUCCUCAAGACCGACACCCACAACCUUACGGGGAUCAGGACAGGGGAGCUCAAUGCACGCAUCAAGCAGCUGCUCAUCUCGCCCGUCCACGGCUGGAUGGCGGACCGCACGGGAGGCCAGGACGCGUCGGCGCCGGCAAUCAAGACUGACAGACGGCUGGCGGGACUGCUGUUUUCCGUGACCGUCUCGCUCGAGUUGUGUGUUGAUUUGCUCAAUCAGAUUUGA